AUGUCCUUCCUGUCUGACACGGUGCUGUCAGGGGGCAGCACGCGACUGCACGUAGCCGGGCAUCAGAAGAGCAGCAUCAGAAAGAGCAAAAGCCAUGGCGGACUUCUCUCACCCCUAGCGAAACUCAUUCGCAGCCCAGUGCAGUCGAUAGGAGCUGCAGUGGGCAAUCACUACAACGCGUCUUUCCAGGAUGCGCUGGACGAGGGUGCAGAUCGCAGGCAGAUCUUGUACCUGCGCAUGAAGAAUGCCGAAACGUACAACGAAUGGCAGGCCGCAGCGACCGACCUCGACGUCCUGGAGGGAAACAAUGCCUGGAAGGAAGAACACGGGUCGCCAGAGUACGACGCCGCGCUGGUCGCUGCCCGUCUCCAGGAGAUGGACGAUGCGCGGCUCAGCUGCGACGUGAAGAAGAUGCUGUUCCUGAUACGGACAACACUCACCCGGGACCUCGGCGACAUGGGCGGCCUGCAGCUGUACAAGCACUCCCAUAUCGGCACAAAGAAGCUGAUCGAGCGGUACAUCGACUCGGCCCAGCAGACCAUGACAGCCCUGCUCCAUGUCUCCGCUAAGCAAGCGGAGCAGUGUCCGGUGGACUCGGAGACCCUGGUCCUUCAACUCUUGCAGGCACGUCAGUCGUUCGGACGCAGCGCGCUCCUGCUGUCAGGAGGCGGCACGUUCGGCAUGAACCACAUUGGAGUCGUCAAGAGCCUGUGGGACGCGGGUCUGCUGCCGCGUAUCAUAUCAGGAGCCUCCGCUGGAAGCAUUGUCUGCGCUGUUCUGUGCACCAAGACUGACGCAGAGAUACCACAAGUCCUGCACGAGUUCUGCUACGGAGAUCUCGACGUGUUCGAGAAAGCUGGCGAGCCCGAAGGCAUCCUGCAGAAGGUGGCGCGAUUGUGCCAGACCGGCACCUUGUUCGACAUGACUCACUUGAAAAGGGUCAUGCGACAGAUGCUCGGGGACAUGACGUUCCAGGAGUCGUACAAUCGCACCAGGCGCAUACUCAACAUUCCCGUGUCGACAUCCUCAAUCUAUGAGCUGCCCCGGCUUCUGAACUACAUCACAGCGCCCAAUGUGAUGAUCUGGUCAGCAGUAUGCACUUCGUGCUCGGUGCCUCUUGUAUAUGCACAAGCUCAGCUCAUGGCCAAGGACCUGAAGACGGGCAAGGAGGUGCAUUGGGACGCAGAUCCUGACGCCAAAUGGAUCGACGGAUCCGUGGACAACGACCUCCCCAUGACACGCCUCGCCGAGAUGUUCAAUGUCAACCACUUCAUCGUCUCACAGGUAAAUCCACACGUGGUCCCGUUCUUGGAGAAAGAAGAAGAAAUGGUAGCUGCGGAAGCGCAAGGCACUGCUUUCUCAGCAGGCCCACACUGGAUGAGCAGCGUGGCGAGUCUUGCCAAAGGCGAAGUGUUGCAUCGGCUCCAGGUGCUCGCUGACAUGGGUGUCUUUCCUACCUACGUCACCAAGCUCAGAGGGCUGCUCAGCCAGCGUUACUCAGGCGACAUCAACAUCUUCCCGGCCAUUUCGUACGCGGACUUUCCUCGGGUCCUCAGCAACCCAACGACGGAAUACAUGCUUGGCUGCCUGCUCACAGGGCAAAGAGCUACCUGGCCGAAACUGUCAAGGAUACAAAACCAUGUCGCAAUCGAGCUUGCCCUGGAUAAUUUAAUCCAGAAGUUGAGGGCACGCACCGUCUUCAACUCAGCCCAGACAGCGCUUCGUCCCAACACCCUAUCGCGUCCCAAUUCCCAAGGUCACGAGUCUUCAACAGUGCCUCGAACACGACCAAAUAGCAAGGCACCACGGUACCAGACGAAGACAGAGCCCUCGAGUCCCAUACUGUCGAGAUCGGCCUUGAUCAGUCCUCUCCUCUCGCGCUCCACUCCUCGGCUGUCCGCGCAGGCUGACCACACUUCCAGCCGUGAGCGGUUGCUGAAGGCCCCCAGUGCGUCCGGCAAUCGAACCACCGACACCAUCUCGUCAUCCACCAACCCUGAAGACUCUUCUGAUAAGGAGUACUAUGCAGAGAUAGACUCGGACACCUCUGAGGUGCUCUCCUCUCCAUCGCCUACCACAUCACCCUCUUCGCACGGCCCGACCUUUUGGCCACCUACACGCCACAAAUCCUUGAUCUCCGUUUCGGCACCUACGACGCCUGCAACAUCGACUUCUUCCGAUCGCCACAUCGGCACGUUACUGAACCUCGCCAUGACUCCCGCUACCCACAACGUACCUCCUCCCAGCUCACCGGAGCUACGUUACAAGCGUCUGUUUCACCCGCCCGGACCGGCUGCGCCAGAAGUCAACGUCAAGCCUCCAACCCCAAACCACGUCGAGUCUCUCUGUUCUGUUACCCCCUCGACGCCCAAUAGGAGCCCGGCACACAGUCGGCGUGGUAGCGGAGCAGGUCUCAUGCUCGACAUCUCGGGUGCAAGAGGCAUGCUACGGCGCAAAAAGAGCGCUGUCGGCUUCCAGGAGAGCUACUUUGCUUAG